AAAGAAAAUUUUUUAAAGAUGACACGUUUUAUUGUAGCCUAAUUAACUUAAUGAAGGAAACAGAUAUGAAGAUCAAAAUUAUAUGGUUCGAUAGAGGAAGGAUAGAGCUUCACAAUGAUGUAAUUUUUAAUUUCAUCGACAUAAGUGAGUUGACUCUUUUUAUUUCACACGAGGUAAGAAGAGUCAAUCACAACCACUCGACUCCUAUCUCAAUAUACCUGAAAAAUCAACGUGAAUUUUCAAGAAAUUUUUGUACUAGUGUAUAAUAACUAUUGUGACACAGGAGAACGAGAAUUUAAUCUCGACUUGUCUUAAUUAUUCACACCUACUUUUGAUGCCAAUGUGCCAAAAUAUGUAAAAAAAGGAAAUUUCAUGCGUAAGUAUCGGAAAAAUAUUUUCGACAUUUAUCUUCUGUAUUAAUUAAUUCAAAAUGGUCUUUCUCAUGCGAAAUCAAUUUACCUUCAGUUUUCCAAAAAAACCUUCGUCUUCAGGGUUUUUAACUGGCUCCACCGCUACUGGGUAGAGCAAUUGUUUUUUGCUCAAUAGAAUUGAAGUUUGAAUUACUUUCUGUCAAAUUUUUUAAGACAUUUCUCGAAAAAAUUCUGUUGUUAUCAUUUGUAAGAACGAUGAAGAACCCUGUACUUGAAUAACUACCCUAGUAUACUUGCAUACAAGUAUAUGCUCAAGCUUUGUCCAACUUCUCUGAUAUUUUUCGCACAUAAAGGAAGUACCCAUUGCUAAGUACAUCUCUAAGGUAUUUAGAUACGUUAUCUCUAAUGGAUUAUAGUCUGUAACAGAUACCGAAACAGAACAUCUGCCUGUAUAGUAAAAUUAUUAGUGACUAUGCUGGUUUCCUUGCUGCAUCUUUUUGAUAUGAGGAUAUUAAUACACCUCAGUGUUUCAAUACGAGAUCGAAUAAAAAAGCGCUCUAAUAUCAUAAAUAAAAUUUGAGUCACAGACGGACAUCACACUAUUGGUCAUUAUAUUUUAUAGUAGAUAUCAUAAUGAUCAAACUUUGAAUAAACCUUGUGUUAUUACGUCAUCAAUGCUUACGUAAGAAUAUCAAUUAGUUAUCAAUAUCGAUUUAUGUCACUUGAGACUUUUAAGUCCAGAUGAAAAAGGAGCUGACUGACAUUUGAAUUGUUGUUUUCAUCAAUAUUCCUGCUUUUACGGAGUUUUCUAAACCUUCAUAUCCUAAACUGCCUGCAAGUGUUGAAUCUAGCGGUGUAUCGUUCCAUAUUCGCAGAGUGCAAAAGAUGAUUCUCUAUACUAAAAAUAAUUGCACGAUAGGUGUGUACGAUUACUUCAAUUAAGUUUAAGCCAUUCGUAUAUAAAAUAAAACCACAAACGAUCAAUAUAUUUAUAACUUCCAUAUACAAUUAUUCAACAUUUAGUACUAUCUGUUACUAAUCGAGAAAAAAAAAUAAGACGGUGAUCCGUUCGUUUAUAUGAAAUGAGAGCAAGACAUAAAUUUGAUUUAGCACAUUAACCGCUUGUUGGAAAUAUCUGAUUUUGAAUGAAUGUAAAUAGACUGCAUAAAGUACAGUUGAACCUUGACAUAAUAACUAAGGUUAACAGUUAUUUAUAUCAUCACAAGGCGCUAUAUUGCCUUUUGAGACGAGUUUAUUAUUUUGUCGAUUUAAUACUUCAAGCUGUAACGUUGAGAAUACGUUCAAUGUUACAACAUAAUAAUGAUUGGGUUAAGAAGAAGAAGAAGAGAACAAAUAUAUCUUCUCAAUGAUACAGUAUUGUUCAUUGACAAUGGUUUAAAAGCAUUUCCUUGAUCACUGAAACGGUUGAUUGAGCAUUAUUCCCAGAUAAAAGCGAGCGUCACUUUUCUUGGAAUCUAUCUGCGCAUUCAUAUCGCUCUUCUACUCACCAUAAAUACAAUGACAAAUUUCGAUUAUUCAGGACAAGGUAGUUUUGAUGCUGCCAAAGCGGUGUUUGCGCAAGUGGACUCCAACAAAGAUGGUAGCAUCGAUUCAAAUGAAUUUCGACAGUGGCUAGGGGGUCAAGGACUUAAUAGUGGCUUUGAUGGCUUAUCGUCAGCUGGCGGAGGUUCUUCUCAACUAUAUGGGGGAUUUGAAAGUGGAAAUUUGAGUGGCGGUAAUCUAUACGGAUCAACUUAUGAAUCAUCGCAACAAUUCCAGCAAGGAGGGAUUGAUGCUAGCUCGUUUAGUGCUGCACAAAGUGGUUAUGAAUCAUCCUCGUCCGCUGCUGGUUUAGCUACCGGCAUUGGUGGUGUUUCAGCUGAAUCAAGCGCCGUUGAUUAUUCAUCACAAUCAGCGGGUGGUCUAUUUAAUGAUCCAAACCCUCAAAUUAUUCGACGUCAAGCUGCAGGUGGUGCUGUCACGUAUAAACAAAAUAUUUUAGUGAAAUUUUUACAACCGCCGCCCGUUCCUCCUCCAGGCCCACUUAUAAUUAAAGAAGUUCGACCCCCCCAGCCACCACCACCGCCGCCACUUGUUAUACGUCAAAGAGCACCUCAACUACCGACUCCGUAA